AUGAGCUCUGAAGAGGACUAUUUCGAUGAGCUCGAAUAUGACCUUGCCGAUGAAGUUAAUGAGGAAAAAGAAGACAUACAAACUAAAAAGCUCACUACGGUAAAUUGUCAAACAGAAAAAUUCAAUCCAUUCGAAAUUCUUCCGGAAAGUAUAGAAUUAUUCAGGACGUUGGCACUCAUCAGUCCUGAUAGGUUAUCUCUAUCAGAGACAGCACAGAUUUUACCAAAAAUUGUCGAUUUAAAAAGAAUCCUUCAACAACAAGAAAUAGAUUUCAUUAAACUGUUACCGUUUUUUAACGAAAUCAUCCCCCUCAUCAAGAGCAAUAUAAAAUUAAUGCACAAUUUUCUAAUCUCACUGUACAGUAGACGUUUUCCAGAACUAUCUUCAUUGAUACCAUCACCAUUACAAUACUCAAAAGUGAUAAGCAUACUGGAAAAUGAAAAUUAUUCAAAAAACGAAAGUGAUGAACUAUUUUUCCACUUGGAAAAUAAAGCAAAAUUGACCAGAGAGCAGAUCCUCGUUUUAACAAUGUCCAUGAAGACGUCUUUCAAAAACAAAGAGCCAUUGGACAUCAAAACGAGGACGCAAAUUUUAGAAGCAAAUAGCAUAUUGGAAAAUUUAUGGAAACUACAAGAAGAUAUAGGUCAAUACAUAGCCUCAAAGAUAUCAAUAAUUGCCCCUAACGUGUGUUUCUUGGUAGGCCCGGAGAUAGCAGCCCAAUUAAUAGCACAUGCUGGAGGGGUUUUGGAGUUCAGUCGCAUUCCCAGUUGCAACAUUGCGUCCAUUGGGAAGAAUAAGCACCUCUCACAUGAGUUACAUACAUUAGAGAGUGGAGUACGACAAGAAGGAUAUCUAUUUGCUUCUGACAUGAUUCAGAAAUUUCCCGUUUCUGUCCAUAAACAAAUGCUUAGGAUGCUUUGUGCAAAAGUAUCACUAGCCGCAAGAGUUGAUGCUGGCCAGAAAAACGGUGAUAGAAAUACAGUUUUAGCUCAUAAAUGGAAAGCCGAACUAUCGAAGAAAGCUAGAAAGCUAUCAGAAGCCCCGAGCAUUUCUGAAACGAAGGCUCUACCUAUUCCGGAGGACCAACCCAAAAAGAAAAGAGCUGGGAGAAAAUUUAGGAAGUACAAGGAAAAAUUCAGACUAUCGCAUGUCAGACAAUUACAAAAUAGGAUGGAAUUUGGCAAGCAAGAACAAACUGUUCUUGAUUCCUAUGGUGAAGAAGUUGGUUUGGGUAUGUCUAAUACUUCUUUACAACAAGCAGUAGGAGCUACAUCAGGUUCCAGAAGAUCUGCUGGUAAUCAAGCCAAGCUAACAAAGGUAAUGAAGCACAGGAUUUCUGAGGCUAAUCAGCAAGCUGACGAAUUCCUAAUCUCCUUGGGUCAUAAUACAGAGCAACCGAAUCUGUCGCCAGAGAUGGUUCAAAUGCACAAGAAACAGCAUACUAACCCAGAAGAAGAGACCAAUUGGUUUUCCGGUCAUGGUUAG